GACAAAGGAAGCUGUAAAUCACGUGACUCGAGGUUGAGAGUGAAAACAAAGAUGGCGGCGGUGACGGUGAAGACGAGACGAACGUUUUUAGUGAUUUUUCUUUUUUUCUCUCUUUUUUCUUCUUCAGGUCAAAGUUCGUUCACGCGACAGUUGACUGUGCAGUUGAACCCUGGCUGGAGUGCACCGGCGCCUCCUGGUGGUGAUCUGCUGCACAUCAGAGCUGUGGGAGACAAUGACACGCUGCACUUCCUGUUCUGCAGCCAGGGGGCGCCUACACUGCUGCUUGUCCACACCAACUCCUCUUCUUCUUCUGUCAAGGUCGACUGGACACUGUUUUUGGCUCGAAACACCACGGGCAGCCUGAGGGUGGAGCCAGAGAGCAGCGUCCUGUCCAGCACUGCGCUCGUCUUCAGCAGGUUGCUCGAGUACGAUGACAUCAACGACACGGCCUCGAUGACCUCUGACCUCUUCCCUCCGUACGAGCUGCAGAACCUGGGCUGGUCUCGUGUGAACUCGUCUGACCCGUUUGCUCCUCUCUGUGGAUCCGUGGUCAACAGCAGCGGCUCCAUCUGCCUGCAGUUGUCGGCGUUUGAGUCUGAGGGGCGUGACCAGAGCUGGCCCCGCCUCUUGCACACAGCUAACUCCUCCCAGCUGGGGGUGUGGCUUGACGGUGUGUCGCCAAGAGCGGCUCGUUCCAGGUUCAUGCUGGAGCUGCAGGCGGUGGGCGGAGCUUAUCCUCUGAGCAGAGUGGACGUCCAUCAAUCAAUCGACGACGAGUUCACGCCGUCCAUUUUCAAGGCGUCCCACUGGGUGUCUUCGGCGAACGGCAGCUCUGAAGUCGUGGGUUUCGUGCGUUGGCGCUCCGUGGCGUUUCGUCGCUCUAAACCAGCGCUGGAGGACGCCACGCCGUGCCGUAACUCCGCCCCCCGUCCACAGAGCAGCGAGGCGGCAGCGGCGGCAUCCGGUCUGAUUCGAGCGUUUUACUCCAACAUCGAAACGUUUGGUCUGAACGUGAGCUUCGGUCUGGCGGGAGAACCAUUCUACAACAGCACGCGCCUCCUGUCCUGGACGCUGCUCGUGGGCGUCGGCUCUCCUCCCGUCGACUCCUUCUCGGCACUCGUCGUCGCCAUCAUGGCGGUCGGGCUGGGAGCGCCGGUGCUGGUCCUGUUAGUGGGCGGAGUCUGGAUCUGCACGCGCAAGAGAGCGAUGGAGCAGACGGCAGCCUACGAGCCAAUCAACUGACAGCUGAGUGUCAGAGACUUUAGACUUGAUGAUGUCAUCCGUCCAGGCGACCAAUCAGAGCGAGGUUUGAUUCUUUUUUGUUUUUUAAAAACCUUUUAAAUCUUUUCAUUUUUUUAAUGAUAGCGUUUUUAAAGUCGUACGACAGAAGUUUCCGAUGUUUUGUCGUCUUUCUCAUAUGAAGUUAAUUUUAAAUAAGUCGCACAAUCGUACGACGCUUUUUUACUGAAUUUUUAUUUAUUUAAAUUUGAGGUUUUUUGUUUACAAAAACAUUUACA